AUGCUGAAUCGGGUCGUUAUAACGGGUAUUGGUGUAAUCAGUCCAUUCGGAGUGGGUAAAACAAUUCUUUUCGAGAAUUUAAUCGCUUCGAAAGUGGCGCUUAAAUUUAAGGAAGCUUUAAAAACAGUCGUUGGUUGCAUUCCAGAAGGCAAUGAAGUCGUUGAAUUGAAUUUGAAUAGAUGGUCCAAAGGUGAACGGAGACAAAUGGGUCGAGGCAGUUUAUUGGCAUUGGUUACUGCAGAAGAGGCCAUAGAAGAUUCUGGAUUGGAUGAAAAAGAUCUGGAAGAGAUGGGUGUUGACAUUGGGAUGGGUAUCGCUGAUUUGGAACUGAUCGCCGAAAGCGCAAAUCUGAUAAGGGAUGGUAAAUCGCACAAAGUAACACCAUAUUUUGUACCUCGAAUUCUAACAAACAUACCUGCUGGACAUGUAAGCAUACGGUAUGGAAUGCGUGGACCGAAUCUGAGCGCAUGCACCGCUUGUGCAACCGGUCUGCAUGCGAUUGGAGAUGCAGCUACUUUUAUUGCGAUGGGUCGAGCCAAGAAAAUGCUUGCUGGUGCAGUUGAGGCAUGUGUCAAUCCUAUUGCAAUCACCGCAUUUCAACGUAUGAGAGCUCUCUCUCCAUCCGGCUCGAGACCUUUUGAUUCCAGUCGAAAUGGUUUUAUUCUUAGCGAAGGCGCUGCCCUUGUGACAUUGGAAACUCUUGAAGAUGCUCAAAAACGAAAUGCACAUAUUUAUGCCGAAAUUAAAGGUUAUGGUUGUGCUGGUGAUGCGUAUCAUUUAACGUUACCAACGAAAGAUGGUACUGGUGGUCGUUUGAGUAUGGAACGAUGCUUGAAAGAUGCGAGAAUGAACGCAUCACAAAUCACAUACGUGAAUGCGCAUGCCACCUCAACUCCAGCCGGUGAUUCGGCUGAAGCACACGCUAUUGCAACGUUAAUGCCUGGUGUUGCUGUUUCAUCCAUCAAAGGGCAUAUCGGUCACACACUAGGUGCGGCCGGUGCAAUAGAAAUAGCUGCAACGGCGAUGUGUAUUGAUCAAAAUGUUAUCGUUGGUAACGUGAAUCUAAACGAAACAGACAUUGAUGAGAAUAUUGAUCUGUUACGAUCAGCAACUGACUGGAAAGCCGAUCAUGGCAAUCGAAUUGCAUUAGUGAAUUCAUUCGGAUUUGGUGGACCACAUGGUACAAUAUGUUUGAGCAGUAACUAA